UGAGCAUAAGCCCUAAAACUUAUGGCGGUCUCUCAAGCAAGCUUCUUCUCUUCUCAACAACAAUGGAAGCUUCUAUACCCGAACAAGUGAUUCAGCCCCUGCUCCUUGCAUCGGAUUCAUCACACUCUCUAGACGAAUGUUUGCAGUUUCUCAUAGAAGCUUCAAAGACCGAUUCUGGCCGCUCCGAUCUGGCUUCCAAGGCGGAUAUUCUUCCAUCGAUCCUUGCUCUUCUCCAGCUUCUCCCCUAUCCGUCUUCCCGCCAUCAUCUGAACCUCUCUCUGAAGGUCCUCCGAAACCUAUGCGCCGGGGAGACGAGGAACCAGGAGGCUUUCGUGGAUCACAACGGUUCUCUUGUCAUCUCCGAGCUGCUGGAUUCGGCGAUUGGAGAUGCCGAGACUGUUAGGUUCGGAUUGCAGGUCCUGGCGAACGUUGUAGUGAUGGGAGAGAAUCGCCAGAGAGAUGUUUGGCUUCGGUUUUUCCCGGAGAGGUUCUUGGCGAUCGCUAAGGUAAGGAGGCUUGAAACGUGUGAUCCUCUGUGCAUGAUUUUGUAUGUUUGCUUUGAUGGAAGCUCAGAGAUUGCUUCACAGCUCUCCAGCGAUGAAGGACUCAACAUCAUUGCUGAGACUAUGCGGGCGGGUGAGAUUGGGUCUGUUGAAUAUUACUGGCUCAAGCUUCUGGUUUCAAGACUCUGUGUUGAAGGAGAUUGCUUCCCUGGCCUCUUCUCCAAAUUAGCCAACCACAAGGACUCCACAUUUACAUCAGAACACGCUUUUCUAUUGAGUAUGGUGUCUGACAUUGUUAAUGAGCGGUUGAAAGAAGUGUCUAUCCCCAAGGAUACAGCUCAUUUCGUUCUUGGGUUACUCAGCCAAUCGGUUCAAGUUUUUGAUUUUGCUUCGGCUGAAACAUCUGAGCUUCCAACGGGUUCAGCUGUUAUCGACGUAAUGGGUUACUCUCUAGUUGUAAUAAGGGACGCUUGCGCUGGAGGAAGCAUCGAAGAACUUAAAAACGAUUCAGGUGGUGGUAAUGUCGACAUGCUCUUGUCUUCUGGACUGAUAGAGCUUCUCCUCGAUCUGCUUAGAAAACUUGAGCCUCCAACAACAAUAAAGAAGGCUCUAAAGCAGAGUCCUUCUUCUGGAAAGCCUUGUCCUUACAGAGGCUUCAGGAGAGAUAUUGUGGCUGCGAUUGGGAACUGUUCGUACAGAAGGAAAGAGGUACAAGAUGAGAUCAGGGAGAGAGAUGGGCUGUUGUUGAUGCUGCAGCAGUGCGUGACGGACGAUGAGAACCCCUUCUUGAGAGAGUGGGGCUUGUGGUGCGUGAGAAACCUCCUGGAAGGGAACGAAGAGAACCAGAAAGUGGUGGCAGAGUUGGAGAUGCAGGGCUCUGUUGAUGUGCCUCAGCUCCGGGAAAUUGGGCUCAGAGUUGAAAUUGAUCCUCUAACAUCCAGGCCAAAGCUUGUCAAUGAUACCACCUGAAGUUUUAAGUUUAGUUUUUUUCCCACCCAACAACACCCAUGUUAUCAUAUGAUGCUCUGUUAAGUAAAAGCCAGGUUUGGGUUUGGAUCAUCUAAACAAUACACCCUGAGCAGAAACAGCGCCACCUUUAUUUAAUUUAUUAUAGUAGUAUUUACACAAGCAAA